AUGGCUUCUACUGUUAACAACUUUAAUUUACAAGAACUUGGAAACUUCCUCAAGCUACUUGACGAAGAGAUGUUCACUUCCUUACUAGAACAAACAUUGCAAGUUUUUAGGAUGACUAGUACAACUGGCAUUUAUCAAACUGCUACAGAUUUCGAACCUGCUAUAUACAAACAUUUGGAAGGACUACAAACUACAUAUUCUGACGAGUUCUAUGAACUAAAUAUACCCAAAGACAGCUUUAACGCUUUUCUUUUUUUUGCUAUUAACUUCAAAGACACGUAUACAUGCCUUCUCUAUGAGAUGGUAAAGGAUUACAUGAGAAAAAAAGAAAAGGCAUCACGUGAGAUGCAAAUAAUAAUAAAUAAACCCAAUAGAGUUCUAGGAAUACCGGAUUUCACUCUGAUGGAAAUGGAAAUUAUUGAAGAGCCUAAACACCAAUCACCGGUUAUAUUUUCUGUGAUACAAACAAAACUUAAUGUACAAGCUCAGCCGUAUACCCAAGAGGAAAGAAGCACAUGA